AUGGCUUCAGCUAGCGGCUCAAAGGAUUAUCCCCAAAGAUUGUACCCGGAAGGCAAAUCUCCUUUGCUGAAGAAGAGUUGUCAUCAUAACUGCAAGCUUCAUGAGUUCAUCAUGAUGAUCAGGGAUCACCUUGGGGAUGAUAUUUACAACGACAUCAUGAAUAAUUCUCAAGUUGGCGUGCUACUGAAGCUUGCAUUGUCUUCGUUCAUAUGGAGUGCUAAGACGGUUCAGUAUUUUGUGAGCAACCAACUGAAGGUGGAUAGGAAUCAUGAGUUUUGGACUCUUAUUGGAGGUCGCCCGGUUAGAUUUUCACUCUUAGAGUAUGCUGAAAUCACGGGGCUAAACUGUGACCCAAUUGAUCCCAAUGACAAGGUGGAAAUAGAUCACACCGAAUUUUGGGCCGAGAUUGGAGUGAGAGGUGGGGAAGGCCCCAAUUGGAAUGAGUUAGAAGCUCGGAUGAAAACUUGCCAAGCAUGGACUUAUGAGAAGAAGAAGAUGUUGGCGUUGCUUUUCAUUUUGCAUGUUGGCGUAUUGGGACUUCACCGCAACAGUCGAAUCCCGUUGGCUUUAGCCAAAACAGUUAUGGAUGAAGCAGCUUUCGAGAGACAGCCGUGGGGUCGUUAUGGAUUCCAUGAACUAAUUUAUUCCCUCAAGAUUGCUAACUUGGGGGGAGCACGAUACACUCUCCACGGAUGUGUACAGGCAAUGCUUGUUUGGGGUUAUGAGUGCAUCCCUAUAUUGGCUGAGAGAGCAGGGAAAAUACGCCCCGAUGUAGAUGACUCGAACGAGAGCAAGAAGAAAGAGCCCGCUGUGGAGAAGGAGGAUAGGACGAAUGAGAUCCUCAUGGCAAUCAAUGGUUUAUCAACGACGGUAGCAUUGCUAAACAACAAUGUCAGCAGUGCUGUAAUUCGUAUAGACCACCUGGAUAAGAGGAUUGCCGUUAUCGAGGAUAAACAUGAAGAGAAAGAGGAGGCCAUGGCGAAUUCUGGGAACAAUGUUGACAACGACCAUGGUAACAAUGAUGAUAAUGCCGGUGAUGCAGAAUCCAAAACCUCACCGAAAACCCCUAGAGCAAAGGCAUCUCCUCCAGCAGCAGCGCCAGUAGCAGGAACGUCAACGGGAGGUGGAGCAGGAACGGGAACGGGAGCUGUGGAAAAGGAUCCGUCGUGGAUGAUGGAGAUGCAGGAAACAUCAGAGCCAGGUUUUCCUGUUGCAAGAGUUGUUAGAACCCCAGCGUCGAGAGGAAAGACUGUAACCAAAGUGAAAAAAGAACCUGCUGAUCCUAAAGAGAAGAAUAAAUCGGGCACAAAGUCAAAAGCUGAUUUAAAAGACAAAAACGAAGAAAGCCAGAUAAUCAAUAUAAGCGACGUUUCACGCCCACUACAGUCUAGACGAGUACAGAUCCCUUCCCUGCUAGACGAAGACGACUCAGCGAUUGAAGCUAUGAAGAAACGCUUAGAAAAGCUGGUGGAACAUGCAAAAAAUCCACCUGCUGAGAAGGAAAAAAGGGGACGCAGCCUUGCACCGACCCAGGUUUCACCCUACCUUGGUAACUCAGUGGUGAGACGCAUCAUGGACCCAGCAGGUCCCCCUCCUGGGAGGUAUGAUCCUUUUGAAGCGGUGGACAGUCGAAUACUGGAUAAUCUAACCCGCUACGUAGCUUUUGAAGCGUAA